AUGUCCUUACGAGCAAGCGUACUUGCUCUAGGCCUUGUUGCCACGGGGUCCAUUGUUGCCGCUGGGCCAUGUGACUUAUACUCCUCCGGCGGCACGCCCUGCGUUGCCGCGCACAGCACCACUCGCGCCCUGUACAGCGCCUAUAGCGGCUCACUCUACCAGGUGAGACGCGGCUCCGACAAUACCACAACCACCAUCACGCCGCUGUCCGCCGGCGGUGUUGCCAAUGCCGCCGCACAGGACUCCUUCUGCGCCAGCACGACCUGCCUCAUCACCAUCAUUUACGACCAGUCCGGCCGCGGUAAUCACCUCACCCAGGCUCCGCCCGGCGGCUUCAGGGGCCCGGAAUCCAACGGCUACGACAACCUGGCCAGUGCGAUUGGCGCACCGGUCACGCUGAACGGUCAGAAGGCGUAUGGCGUCUUCGUCUCGCCCGGCACGGGCUACCGCAACAACGCCGCCAGUGGAACAGCUACAGGCGACGCGGCGGAGGGCAUGUACGCGAUCCUCGACGGGACCCACUACAACGGUGGCUGCUGCUUCGACUACGGCAACGCCGAGACCAGUAGCCUGGAUACGGGCAACGGCCACAUGGAGGCCAUCUACUUUGGCGACAACACCGUCUGGGGCACUGGCUCCGGCAGCGGCCCUUGGAUCAUGGCCGAUCUCGAGAACGGCCUGUUCUCCGGCAUCAGCGCUGGCAACAACGCUGGCGACCCGUCCAUCUCCUCCCGGUUCGUCACUGCGGUCGUCAAGGGGGGGCCGAAUCAGUGGGCGAUCCGCGGCGCCAACGCUGCAUCCGGCUCGCUGUCGACGUACUAUAAUGGCGCGCGCCCAAGCCCGUCUGGGUAUAACCCGAUGAGUAAAGAGGGCGCGAUCAUUCUCGGCAUCGGCGGCGACAACAGCGUCGGCGCCCAGGGCACCUUCUACGAGGGCGUGAUGACCUCCGGCUACCCGUCCGACGCCACCGAGAACUCGGUGCAGGCCAACAUCGUAGCCGCAGGAUAUGCCACCAUAUCGUUGACCAGCGGCCCGGCCCUCAGCGUCGGUUCAUCGAUCUCGCUCCGUGCCACCACAGCCGGCUACACGACCCGCUACCUUGCACACACCGGCGCCACCAUGAACACCCAGGUCGUCUCGUCGUCCAGCAGCACCGCCCUCAAGCAACAGGCCAGCUGGACGGUUCGCGCCGGCCUUGGCAACAGCGCCUGCUUCUCGUUCGAGUCCCGGGACACCGCCGGCAGCUACAUCCGGCAUUACAACUUCGAGCUCCAGCUCAACGCCAACGACGGCACGAAGCAGUUCCACGAAGACGCCACGUUCUGCCCGCAAGCCGGCCUCAACGGCCAGGGCAACGCGAUUCGAUCCUGGAGCUAUCCUACCCGCUAUUUCCGCCACUACAACAACGUGGCCUACGCCGCGAGCAACGGCGGCGUUCACACGUUCGACGCUGCCGCCUCGUUCAACGACGACGUGAGCUGGGUGAUUAGCACGGGCUUCGCUUGAGCUUUAUUCUGCAAGGCCUAAAGC